AUGUGGUUCAUAUUAGGCAUACUUCUUGUGAUAUACUUUAUCCAUCAAGUAUUUACUUCGGUCUUACCUCAUUAUUUCCUAGUCCCCUCACAGAAAUGGCAAGAUGCAAUUCUCAAAGUAAUCAACUAUGACAAACCAAUAUAUUUAAAAGUUAGUCACAAACGAUCAAGUUUUAGACGUCGACUUGUAUUGGCUAGUGAGAUACCAUCAUUUUAUACAAAUUUUGUCAACAACAAGUUGAAGAUCUCACCCAGAGAUAUUGCCAAUAAAGAUCAAUUUAUGCAAGAAACAAGAAGAAGAGACGUUAAUGACUCUAAAAGGAGAUUAUUGUUUGGAUUCUUCCAUCCAUAUGCAAAUAAUGGUGGCGGCGGCGAAAAAGUCUUGUGGGAAGCAAUUAAAGCUACCCUUGAACAGGAUGAGAGGAACAUAUGUGUUGUUUACACCACAAACACUGAUGCCGAGCCAUUGUCGAUUUUGGGCAAAGCAAGAGAUAAGUUCCAAGUUGAGGAUUUGGACUACAAGCGAAUUGUAUUCAUUUACUUGAAAAAUUUUGGAAAAUUGAUAGAUAGUUCUUAUUGGAAACAUUUAACCAUUGUGGGGCAAUUAUUUGGUACUUUUUUAUUGAGUUUGGAAGCAGCUUUUGAACUUUCACCCGAUGUAUGGGUUGAUACUAUGGGAUUACCAGGAAGCUAUUUUGUAGCGUCAAUUGUUUUGAAAAUUCCCAUAAUUGCUUAUGUCCAUUAUCCAAUCUUGCAAGAGAAUAUGUUCAACAAAUUGAAAUACAGCCACAUAUCUGACGUCACAAAAGUUAGAAGCAAAUCAGAUGCAUUUGAUUACGCCAAGUUGUUUUACUGGUCUGCGCUUUAUUGGCUUUAUGUUUACAUUGGUUCGUAUGUUGAUGUAACCUUAGCUAAUGGGUCUUGGACUUUUGAACAUAUGCAAAAGAUAUGGACUUAUAAUAAAGCGUUGGGGAAGGAGAUUAGCAUACUAUACCCACCAUGUGGAACUGAAUACCUCGUAAAUGCAAAAGUUGGUAACAGCACAAGAACAAAUCAACUUUUGUAUUUGGCACAAUUUCGCCCUGAGAAACGUCACAUAUUGGUUUUGAAGGAAUAUCAACAAUUCCUUGUAAACAACUAUCCCAACCUCACAUCUCCCAAAGCAAAAGUGCCUACUUUGUUGUUUGCUGGGUCUUGUCGCACAAAGGAUGAUACCGCGACAUUGGAGUUUUUACAACAAGAAGUAAAGGCAUUGAAACUUGACGGGUUUGUUGAAUUUGCAGUUGAUUGCUCAUAUGCUGAAAUUGUACAUUUUCUUUCAACUUGUAAAUUUGGGCUCAAUGCCAUGUGGAAUGAACAUUUUGGGAUUGGUGUGGUUGAAUAUGUUGCAAGAGGUUGUAUCCCCAUUGUUCACGCGUCAGCGGGUCCGCUUCUUGAUAUUGUAACUGGUGAGAAGAUUACGGACUGGGCAAAUGCUACUGGUUUUUUCUUCAAGUCAUUUGCUGAUCCCGACUUUGACCCAUCAUUGCAAACAACAAAAGACAACAAGGAAAAGUAUUUGGUGUUUGAAGUGAAUGGGAAGAAAAAGGAGUUCCCCACAUUGGAGCAACUACUUUCCACUAUGUUUGUAACUGAUAGACUGCUUAUCAGUGAUGAGACAUUGCAAAGAAUGAGAUCAACUGGCCAACAAUUAGUUGUGGAUAAAUUUUCUAACAAAAUAUUUGAAGACAAAUGGAGAAAACACAUUGAAAGAGCAGAAUCACUUGAAAAAGAAUAUAGAGUAGAGAGAAGAGGGAAGUUGGAGAGUGUAUAUUAA